ACGAAUCGUACGUACUAUUUGAACUUUUUUACAUACCACAAACAAUGGGAAAUCCUAAGAAGAGAGCAGAAAAGGCAGAAGCUGCAAAAGGCAGGAAGGACGAAGUUGACGCAAAAAAGAAGGAAGCUGAGGAAAGUGAAAAAUGGUCGAAAGGAAUCAAGAGUAACAAUAAGAAGGAGCAAGAAGAGGAAAAGCGACGUUUAGCAGCUCAAAAGAAAGCAGAGCGUACUCGGUUAGAACAAGAAGAAAUGGCUAGCAUUCCAUCAAAAGGUGGAAAGGGUAAAAAGGCUGGUGCUCGUAAAGAUUUAUCUUUGGAUGCUUUUCUGGAGGAACCUGCUCAACCAGCCUCAUAUAGCGCAAGCAACAUUGACGAUGCUUUGAACCUACUUAGUUUGGAUUCUGGGUCCAAGGAAAAAAUUGAUCGCCAUCCUGAACGCCGUUUUAAACCGGCGUUUAAUGAAUACAAAGAAUCACGACUUCCCGAACUUCGUAAGGAAAGUCCUGGUCUUCGUCUUAAUCAGUACGAAGAUGUUAUGUAUAGAGAGUUCCAGAAGCACCCCAACAACCCUUUUAACAAGCUCAACGUAAGUUACAACACCAAACAAGACGACAUUAAAAGUCUUCGUGCUGCUCGUAAGGCUGAAUUGGAAGCUCGCCUUCGAGAAUAAGUUUUUUAGUUCUUUUUGUUUUUAUUUUUUGUAUAUGACGUUUUCCUUUUUUGGUGAAUUGAGUUGGACGGAAUUCCUACAUGUUACUCGUAUUUAAUAUGUUAUGAAAUAUGAACUCUUCUCAUAAAUUCUAUAUUUGUUUUAUUGUUCAGCCCGUAGAUGACUGAAAGUGGAUUCAGAUAGUUCAUCCUCAAAUCUGAUGUCUUACAGACUUAUGAUUCAUGAAUUUGUCGAAAGAUGCCGAUCUUUCGAAAUGUUUCUCGUUACUGAAUAGUCAUAUACAUAUGUCCAUUUUAAACAAUAAGCUAUCAAGUUGAGAAGUGAGUCGAGAAAGGAAUUGGUUUGCUCGUGGAAGGUUAUUUGAUUAAGCUACACAUUACUUUAUUUCGCUUGCAAUACUUUUCUGGCUACAGAAAAUUUGUUUGUGUGAUUUUGAUAUUUAAAAAAUGUAUUUGCUAUAGUAGUAAAUCUAUGGAAAUGGACGAAGGGAAAGGCUAUAAGGUGGUUACCUCAAUUAAAAAGGACCAAAUAUUUUCUUUUUGUUUGAAAAUAUAUUUAUUAAUGUCAAAAGAUGAAAGUAACGUUUCAUUGGUUUGUAAAUAUUUUGAAUAGUUGACUUCCUCAUUAUAAUCAUAAAAUCAGAUAGUAUCCUAUAAUAUUACAAAAGUGAAGUCGAGAAG